CUGACCCCACAAAAACUCGUUUUUGAUAGGAUAUAGCUCACAGAAAGGUAGAAGCUUGUUCUCACACUCCCAAACGAAAAUGGCGACUCUUUCACUCUCAGCUCUUCAUUCAAUUUCCACCCGCAAACCCAUUUGUUCCUUCAUCGUUCCGAGCUCUUCUCCGGCAGUUAUUCCAUGUCGAAACACUCGCUUCCGGAGCUACGGCGUUUCUGCUAGCUCCUCAAAAUGUUGGAUAGCUUUAAUGCCGAACUCGAACAUGUCCCGUGGAGUGAGUAAGGUGAGGUCUGUGGAAGAAGAAACCCUAAUUCCGGAGCAAGAAGAAGAGCAAGCUACUACCCAACAAGAAGGGGAAGGAGAAGGUGAAGGUGAAGCAGCCUCGUCGUCGGAGCAGCAAGCCGUCUCAGUUCCUGUUUCGGCCUCGGACACUCUCACCAUGUUCUUUCAGGCAGAUGGAACAAUGAGUGAGGCAGGUAUUCCAAAGGUGGUCGACGCCUUAGAGCAAAUUGAGGGUGUUUCCAAUUUGAAGGUUAAUGUUAUUGAGGGCAUUGCUAGUGUUGAGUUGGAAAAACAGACGACAGUUCAAGCUACUGGGGUGGCUUCUAGCUUGGUUGAGACCAUACAGGGUUCAGGCUUUAAACUACAAACAUUGAAUUUAAGUUUCGACGAGGAAGAAAGUCUCGCUGCUGUGUAGAUCAUGUUUCACGAAAAGUCCUCUCGCAAUUUAAGGUUCGAACAAUAUGAAUGAACAAGAAAAAGUAUAAUUUUGUUACUAAAGUUCUGAUAUCUUGACUCUUCCUCUUCAUGGGGCAAUCUUGUAGUUAUUUAGUGUUGAUAGUUUCAUUGCCUGCAUUUAACCUUGUAUGGUAUCCUAGGAAUGCACAUUAAUUGUUAUUGAGGAUAAACACUGUCAUUCUGGUUGAAAGCAAUUUUCAUAAUCAAACAAUGUGAUUUUGCAA